GAGGAGUUUGGUUUCCUCCAAUCAUGUGGCUACAACGAAAGUAGUGUUACACAUGUUUCGGCCUACUUGCGUGGGUAGACAUGGCUGGAGGUGCAAAGAAGAAAUCAACCGGUCAGGCGUCUCGGAUAUGGGGGAGUCUUCGCACAUUAUGGCAGGAGAAGCACUUGAUUUUAUUCAAAGCCGAAUAUACUUUCCUGGUGGCUGCGGUUCUUUGGUUUUUGGAAAUCGGAAUAAAUGUUUGGGUUAUACGCAAGGUUGCAUACACGGAGAUCGACUGGAAAGCUUACAUGGACGAAGUAGAAGGUGUCAUCAACGGCACCUACGACUACACCCAACUUAAAGGAGACACGGGGCCGCUGGUGUACCCAGCUGGAUUUGUGUACAUCUUCUCGGUGCUCUACUAUGUCACUGAUCACGGGGUGAAUAUUCGGAUGGGGCAGUAUCUCUUCGCCGCGUUCUACCUGAUCAAUCUCCUGCUUGUGUUCCGUAUUUACCACCGUACACAAAAGGUUCCCCCCUACGUGUUUUUCUUUGUUUGCUGUGCCUCUUACCGCAUCCAUUCCAUCUUCGUCCUCCGGCUUUUCAACGACCCGGUAGCCAUGAUGCUGCUGUUCGGCGCGGUGAACCUGUUCUUGGACGGCCGCUGGAUGCUGGGCUGUGGGCUGUACAGUUUAGCAGUGUCUGUGAAGAUGAAUGUUCUCCUCUUCGCCCCCGGCCUCCUCUUCAUCCUCCUCUGGGAGUUCGGCCUCCUGAAGACCCUGCCCAAGCUCUGUCUGUGUGCGGCCAUACAGCUGCUGCUCGGCCUGCCGUUCCUGCUGGAGAAUCCUGUGGGCUACGUUAGCCGGGCCUUCGACCUGGGCCGGCAGUUCCUCUUCAAGUGGACGGUGAACUGGCGCUUCCUGCCUGAAGAGGUCUUCCUCAGCCGCUAUUUCCACCUCGCCCUGCUGGGGGCCCACCUGCUGACCCUGCUGCUCUUCACAUUCCGACGGUGGAAGAGGCCUGGAGAGAGUGUAACGGCACUACUGAAGGAUCCUGCUAACCGGCUGCAGCCCUCACCAAAACUCACCGCUAAUCAGAUGGUUUUGGUUCUGUUCACCUCCAACUUCAUCGGCAUGUGCUUCAGCCGCUCGCUGCACUAUCAGUUUUACGUGUGGUAUUUCCACACCUUGCCCUACCUGCUGUGGAGCGGUGGGGUGAAGAAGCUGGCACACCUGCUCAGGGUCCUCAUCUUGGGGCUCAUCGAGCUGUCCUGGAACACGUACCCCUCCACCAUCUACAGCUCGGCCGCCCUGCACAUCUGUCACCUCAUCAUCCUGGUCUCCCUCUGGCUUUCUCCCCCCAUUACGGCCGGCCAGCAGGGCGGCAACAGAGAGUCUCAGGAAAAGCCCAAACGGGCGUGACCAAAGUCCCGCCACCUGGCGAGGACACUCGCCCUGUCGCCACCUUGCUGUCACUCGCCAUCCUCCUCUACCUCUGUGGGCGUGGCCGCGAAGGGCAGGGGGCAGCGUCAGUCUUAAAUACCAGCUGCUCUACCCUUCUUCCACCUAGGUGUGGCCCCGCCAUUUUGCGCCCCCCCCCCCCCUACAAUUCAGGAAGCAAAAAUGAUCUGCAGUUUUGAGAACUGGCAGUAAAAUAACAAUAGUUUCUCCUUUUCAUUUCGUCUUACCUCCCUCCUUUGGUAAAUUUUUGUAGUUGACCCGAACCUCUGAAGAACACAGGAAAGUGAAAAUCUGGCAGUGUUUUGACUAUCGUGCUGUUUUGCACAGAAGGUUUUCAUUCGUUGCUAUUUUUAGUGUAAUUUUGUUCUCCCGUCUCCUCAUGGUCACUGUCUUCAGACUUACCGACAGUGGACCGGCUAAAGUUGGUCACAAGGAACCCUGGUAGCGCGAGUCGGUUUGGGAGGGGCCCCAGUGAGGCACUCAGGUGUCAGCCCCAUGCUGUCAUGACACCAUUCUGCCUACGUGUUCAUGACACCAUUCUGCCUACGUGUUCAUACCUGAUGAAGGAUGGCCUGCGUUUUCAUGGUAAAGAGUUAAAGCUCACCUGUCGCUAGAAAUGCUGCCACCUCAGCCUGCCACAUUUCAGUCAUGGCAAAGCAUACAAAAAGGAGUAAGGUCUUCGCUGGAAGGACAGAAGCUCGCGUUCCGGAAACGACGUUUGCGGUCACGAAAAAUGUUCUCUGGCUGAAUCUCUGCAGGGCUCCAGUAUUGACAAUCACGAGAAAAAAUGUGAAGAGCAUUUUAUUUUUCUACCAUUAACUUUGAUUGUUGUGUACCUGUGUUAGAUCUAAACACUGGGAUCCUUUUGGCUAGAGCCUGUCUGGACAGUGUUGAGUGGUAAUCAAUUGGAAACGAAUAAAAGCUGUGUUUAGGGUAGA